AUGGAAUACGAUUUAACUAAACAAAUAUGGGGAUUUUUAGAUUCACAUAUGAUGCUUCCAUUAGUCAAGUAUCUUAAUGAUACCCAACAAUAUUCAGAAAAUGAAAUUAAUAAAGCAAUGGCAGAUAUUUUAUCAAAUACAGGUUGUUGUGAUUACGCUAUUGAUGCAUAUAAAGCAACAGGUAGAGAUACAGCUCCACUUCAAGAAAAAAAGAAACAAUUAGUUGAAGAACUUAAUAAAUUAAAAGAAGAAUGUUCAUUUGUCACACAAUAUAUCGAAUCAAAGAGACAACAAAAAGAACAACAAAAAGAAUUAAAAGAACAACAAAAACAAGAAAAAGAAGCUGCCGCUGCUGCUGCCGCCGCUUCCGAUAAAACUGAAGAAUCAACUACUACCACCACCACCACCACACCAACUCCAGCACCAACCACCACUACUACUACUACCCCAACCAUUCAAGUUAUUCCAUUUUCACAAUUACAAGAAACAGUUACACCAGCAAUUUUAGAAUCAAUUUACAGAUUUUCCAAAUUAUUAUUUGAAACUGGUCAAUAUGGUAGUGCUAGAGAUCACUUGGAAAUCUUUUUACAACUUUCACAACACUCAAUCAGCAGAGAAAAGAGACUUUCUGCAUUAUGGGGUAUUCUCGAAUCUGAUAUUCUUUCAUUAAAUUGGACUGCUGCAGUUAAUGAUAUUUCACCACUUCAAGAUCAAAUCGAUAGCAAUGGUUCACCAAUCGAACAAUUAGGCCAAAGAGCUUGGUUAAUUCACAGAGCUCUCUUUGUUUACUUUUACCAUCCAGAUAGCAGAUCAUCAUUAGUCGAUCUCUUAUUAGAAGAUAAAUACUUAAACGCCAUUCAAACCACUUGUCCACAUAUCCUUCGUUAUUUAGCUGUUGCCAUCAUUGUCAACAAAAAGAAACAACAAUCAAAUGUUUUCCAACGUGUUUUAAACGCUUUAAUUCGUGUCGUAGAACAAGAAUCAUACGUCUAUCGUGAUCCAGUCACUGCUUUCAUUUCAAAUCUUUUUGUUAAAUUCAACUUUGAUGAAGCUCAAGCUCAAUUAACUCUUUGCGAAAAAGUUUUAAAGAAUGAUUUCUUCCUUCAUACAUGUGUUGAAGAAUUUAUGGAAAAUUCAAGAGUUUGUGUUUUUGAAACCUAUUGUAAUAUUUUAGAAAAUAUUGAUAUCGAUAUGUUAUGCAAAAAUUUAGGUAUUCCACAAGAAUCAUCAGAAAAAUGGAUUGUUGAAGCUAUCAGAAAUACUAGAUUCACUGCUAAAAUUGAUUCUGCUAAUAAUCAAAUUAAAAUGUUUACUCAACACAACUCUUACCGUCAAGUUAUGGAUAAAACUAAAGCCUUAUUUAAUCGUGGUAUUGAAAUCGUUGUUGGUAUUAAUGAAUCAAGAACUCAACAAAAUAGAAAAGGUGACAAUAAAGAUCGUAAAAAUCAACGUCAAAAUAGAAAUCAACCAACUACCACAUCCACCACUACUACUACCACUACUACUGCUACCACCCCAACCACCACUACUACCACUCCAGUUGCUACUGCUGCCCCAACUGCCACCGCUUAA